CAUCAUCAUCACCGUCGUCAUCAUCACCCCCCCUCCAGCCUCGGCUUUUUUUUUUUUUUUUUUUGGUAAAGCGUCUCUCUGCAGCCUGCAGCAUCUUCACGGAGCAUCUCGCCGCGGACAACCCUCCGGUCCCGCGCUAAGUGACGCGGCUCCGGGCCAAUCGCGUCGCGGCUCGGGCUGCCGACGCCACUGAAGGAGAGGGGCGGCGUCCAAUGACGAGGGUCGGCGGGGCGGGGGGUUGGGGGUGCGAAGGAGAGGAGGGGGGCGGGUGGCGGCGUCGGUGUUGGUGUACUUCACCACCCCUCCUAUGGGUUUACACAGAGUUAGUGCAAGAUAUUCUGCUCUGGGAGUGAGAGUGCAAGGAUAAACGGCACAUACACGCUGCGCAUCGGUCUCACACUGAACCGCCUCUAUAUGGAGGUUUCCAAGUGGGAUCGACUCUGAGGUUGUUGUUUUUUUCUCCCAGAUUUUUUUUGUCCUCCUCUUCGUGAUCUUUUGGGGGGUUUUUUUUAAAUUUUUUUUUUUUUUUAACCUUGUCUAUACGCCGGCUGAUCAUCGAUGGUUCUUCUUGGUGAACUUGAAUCAUGACGGGACACGAGUGUCUCCUCCUGCCAUCACCUCGGCGGCGACUUCACCUUAACAGGUAGCCGGGAGGGAGAGAAGAAGAAGAAGAAGAAGAGAGGGAGAGAAAAAAAAACAAAAAAAACAAAACAAAACAAAAAAAACGCCGGGUUGUGUCGGGACGUGCACUGGGAGAUGAGAUUUGAUAUUUCGUGGGACUAAUGGAAGACACCGCAAGCCGCUGACCGACCACCUGGCUGUGUCUGCUGGAGAGCGCCGCUGAUCGCCGCAAUCACCGCAGGUCUCACCGUCAAGAUCCUGUCCGCUCCCGAAGUUAAACGGGGGAAACGGAACUGCGACAUAUGCAGCCUCUUAAUUUUUACCCCAGUUUGUGCGACCAGCUGCUUUUUUUUCAAACCCAAAACCUGCUCUAGAGUCUGAUCACUCCUGCGGGGACGAUUAUUAUUUCCCUCUGUCGCUCUCCCUCUUUUUUAUUUUCUUUUCCUUUCCCCCUGGAUCUCAAAAGCUUGAUCUGACAGAGGAGGAUAUCUUUACCCGAAUAAGCUCGCAGGCACCGCGGAUGAGAAGACUAUGAGCUGACACACUCCAGGGUUUUUUUUUUUUUUCCUCUCUCUCUUCUUCUUCUCCUGCGCUGAAACGGAUUUUGGGGGUUUUGUCCGGGGGGGAAGAUUCCUAACCACCACAUGCCAGGGAGUUGCUGCCUGUGACAGCGUCGCAAAAGAAAGAAAACCUUUUUGAGUUGUGAGGGCUGGAAAUACAUUUAUACCGUCAUGGAUCUAAAAGACUAUUACCUGUUGGGCGCCCUGCUCGCCUGCAUAUGGCUAGAUCCUUCAAUAGCCCAAGAGCUAAUCUACCCCAUCAGAGAGGAGUUGCAAGAGAAUGUCCUCAUUGGAAACAUACCAAAGGACCUAAACAUUUCCCAUACAAAUGCCGCCACCGGAGCAAGUGCUAAUCUGGUGUACCGGCUCGUCUCCAAAGCGGGAGAUAACCCGCUGGUGCGUGUUCUGAGCAGCACUGGCGAGAUAUUCACAACAUCAAACCGAAUCGACAGGGAGAAGUUGUGCCCCGGUCCCUCGUUUGAGGACAGCGAGUGCUCCUUUGAAAUUGAAGUGGUCAUCCUGCCUAAUGAUUAUUUCAGGCUGAUUAAGAUCAAAAUAAUUGUCAAAGACACAAACGAUAAUGCCCCCAUGUUCCCGUCCCCUGUGAUCAACAUCUCCAUCCCCGAGAACACGCUCAUUAACAGCCGCUUCGCCAUUCCCUCUGCCACUGACCCAGACACCGGCCCCAACAGUGUGCACAAAUACGAGCUUAUCAACGGGCAAAGUGCCUUCGGCUUAGACAUAGUGGAAACGCCUGAGGGGGAGAAGUGGCCUCAGCUCAUUGUGCAGCAGAAUCUGGACAGAGAGCAGAAGGAUACAUACGUGAUGAAGAUCAAAGUGGAGGACGGGGGCAGUCCGCAGAAAUCCAGUACUGCCAUCCUCCAAGUUACUGUAACAGAUGUCAAUGACAACCGGCCGGUGUUUAAAGAGGGGCAGAUAGAAGUGCACAUACCAGAGAACUCCGUCAUUGGCACGUCGGUUGUGCAGCUUCAGGCCACAGAUGCAGACAUAGGGGCAAACGCAGAGAUACGUUACGUAUUUGGGACUCAGGUGUCACCUGCUACAAAGAGACUCUUUGCAUUAAAUACAACAUCUGGCCUAAUUACUGUGCAGAGGCCCCUGGACAGAGAGGAGACAGCUAUUCAUAAGCUCUCUGUUCUCGCCAGCGAUGGCAGCUCCAGUCCUGCCAGAGCUACUGUUACCAUAAAUGUGACUGAUGUUAAUGACAAUCCACCUAAUAUAGACCUGAGAUACAUAAUCAGCCCCAUUAAUGGCACUGUUUUCCUCUCAGAGAAGGAUCCCAUCAAUACCAAGAUAGCUCUCAUCACAGUGUCAGACAAAGAUACUGACAUCAACGGCAAGGUCAUUUGCUUCAUAGAGAAGGAUGUGCCCUUCCACUUGAAAGCCGUGUACGACAACCAGUAUCUGCUAGAGACAUCUGCGCUUCUCGACUACGAAGGGACCAAGGAAUACAACUUUAAAAUUGUCGCCUCUGACUCUGGGAAACCGAGCUUGAAUCAGACGGCUUUGGUGCGAGUGAGGCUGGAGGAUGAGAAUGACAACCCCCCUAUUUUCACUCAGCCGGUUAUUGAGCUGGCUGUCAUGGAGAACAACAAACGUGACCUGUUCCUCACCACUCUUAGCGCCACCGACGAGGACAGCGGGAAAAACGCGGAGAUAGUUUAUCAGCUGGGACCGAAUGCAUCAUUCUUUGAUCUCGACCGCAAAACCGGGGUCCUGACGGCAUCAAGGGUUUUUGACAGGGAGGAUCAGGAUAGGUUUCUCUUCACCGUGACGGCAAGAGAUAAUGGAACGCCCCCUCUGCAAACGCAGGCAGCUGUUAUUGUAACUGUGCUGGAUGAAAAUGAUAACAACCCCAAGUUCACACAUAACCACUUUCAGUUCUUUGUGUCUGAGAAUCUUCCUAAAUACAGCACCGUGGGGGUGAUAACUGUGACAGAUUCGGAUGCCGGAGAAAACGCUGCUGUUUCUCUUUCCAUACUGAACGACAAUGAGAACUUCAUACUGGAUCCUUACUCCGGGGUGAUAAAAUCAAACGUGUCAUUUGACCGGGAGCAGCAGAGCUCCUACACCUUCGACGUCAGGGCUGUGGACAGUGGCAGGCCUCCGUGCUCCUCAGCCGCCAAGGUGACCAUCAAUGUCAUCGACGUGAACGACAACACGCCCAUCGUCAUCUACCCCCCCUCCAACACGUCUUUCAAACUCGUCCCCCUCUCGUCCAUCCCGGGAUCUGUGGUAGCGGAGGUGUUCGCUGUGGAUGGCGAUACAGGGAUGAAUGCGGAACUGAAGUACACCAUCGUGAGUGGAAACAACAAAGGUCUGUUCAGAAUUGACCCUGUCACAGGGAAUAUCACUCUGGAGGAAAAACCAGCAGUGACUGACAUAGGCUUACACAGAUUAGUAGUCAAUAUCAGUGACCUGGGUUAUCCCAAAUCCCUCCAUACUCUGGUGCUGGUAUUCCUGUACGUCAAUGACACUGUGGGCAACUCCACACUUAUCUAUGAUCUCAUCCGACGCACGAUGGAGACCCCAAUUGACCGAAACAUUGGUGAAAGCAGUGAAACUUAUCAAAGUGGUGAUUAUUUAACCAUAAUGAUAGCUUUUGUUACCGGCGCCUUAGUGGUGAUUAUUGUCAUCUUUGUCACUGUGCUGCUACGCUGCCGCCACGCUUCCAGGUUCAAGGCUGCACAGAGGAAGAAACAGGGGGCUGAGUGGAUGUCCCCCAACACAGAGAACAAGCAGAACAAGAAGAAAAAGCGCAAGAAAAGGAAAUCCCCCAAAAGCUCCUUGCUCAACUUUGUCACCAUCGAGGGGAACAAACCUGACGAUCCUGCCCACGAGCCAAUCAACGGAACCAUCAGCCUGCCCACCGAGCUGGAGGAGCAAGGGAUUGGACGCUUUGAUUGGAAUGCCACACCUACCACGACCUUCAAACCCAGCAGCCCAGACCUGGCCCGGCACUACAAGUCCGCUUCGCCGCAGUCGGCCUUCCACCUCAAGGCCGACACGCCGGUCUCGGUGAAGAAGCAUCACGUGAUUCAGGAGCUCCCGUUGGAUAACACAUUUGUCGGGGGCUGUGACACGCUUUCCAAGAGGUCCUCCACGAGCUCCGACCACUUCAGUGCCUCAGAGUGCAGUUCCCAAGGAGGGUUCAAGACGAAGGGGCCCAUGCACACCAGACAGCAGGGAACAUUAACUCGUGCCCGAACUGAACUGAACCCUGAAUAUCUGGACCUCCGUCCCCGAGCCGAGCUGAACCCUGAAUAUUGGACCCCUUGCACCCCUUUAGCCUGUGAAGACAAGUCGGAGAGAGGAGGUGUGCCAUUUUUCUCCAACCGCCAACCAACAAAAUGUAACAGCUCCUCUGCACUGGAGAGAUCACCUUUCCCUCAAAGGCCCCAGAAGCAGCGGCACCUUCUUUGUGACUCCUGAGAUGAAUGUUUUGAAGGGACAUCAAGAGCAUAUACUGUACUGCAUACUCAAGCUGCAGCAUCUUGCAGUCAGCAUCUUAUUUUCCCCCUCUAAUGUACACAACCUCCCCGACUUCCUUUUCUCUUUUGUAGUUAUUAUGUGUUAAGCUGUUAUGGGAGCGUGAGUGAAUCUUUUUUUGUAAUUGAGCUUAUUUCCACAAAGAGAUUUUGAUAACAUCAAGCUGCUGCAUUUUACCCACGUAAAACCUCCUGCUGACACCUCCUGGUAAUAGGCUUGUCUCAGACACAAAGGGCUGAGCUUGACAUCUACCUUGUGAUGUCAAGGGUUGUUGGCAGGUUGAUGGACAACCAAGAAUGGCAGCGUUGCCCCCUCGCUACCUAAUUAGCUCAUAGAAGGAAAUGACUGUGAAUUCAGCGAGGUUUGCACUUAUCUAAAAAUUUCAAUCCUCCUGCAGAUAGCUGUUUUUCACCAAGCUGGCCUUCCGGGCAGGACUGUUGUCAGGAAAAGGAGCCGUUUGAAUCGGCACGAUAAACACAGAUCUUAUCAAGCGCCCGGGCCACUUGCCCUGAAAGAUGUAUGAGAUCAUAAUGGAAUUCUUGAUAUUUGAUAAAAGAAUUAAUAUUACAAAUGCCCAAGCUUGGAAAUGCUGGAUCUAAGUGUGCAGCAUGUCCAGUGAAGAGAUUAAAAGGGCAAAAAAAUUGGGUGUCAUGGGACCAAACAUUUAUCAGCUCAGCUUCUCACAGAAGUAGAAGCCAGGCGACCCUGAAAAAGCUGCCAGCGUCGCACAGGGCAGAGCAGAGAGUCUGUUUUGUAAUGGAUGGAGGAUUUUUUUCUUUAUAUAUUCAGUACACAUAAACACAUCAGAGCACACCUCGCUUGGGGGAGGCGACAGGGGCUGCAGAGAGAGUGUGUAGUGGCAUAGAAUUACCAUGAAUAAUUAAAAGACUGGUGUGGGCAUUCUGGUAGCUCUUUGAUUGACUCUGAAAGCCCCAGGAAGAAAUUGGCAGAUGAGAGCAAACUGCAAAAUGGCCAGCUCUUUGCUCUCAGCUCCCUGCCUAAGAUUUGCUCAGCUAAAACCUUGAAUCAGCAGUGUGCUAGGGGGCCCUUUUUGUGUCUGCCUGCCCCAGAGUCAGAUCCAAAUUCUGCUCAUCAAAAAAGAAAAAAAAAUGAGAAAAAAUACAGGGAACAUAAGUUGGCAUGUGGGCACUCGGAGGUGACGCGCUUGGUUUUCUUGGGCUUUUUUUUCGUUUGAUCAUCCAUUCAUCAGUGUAAAUGAAAGGCUGGAAAGCGGUUUAAGAUGUUAUUCCCCUCAACAGCUUUUUGGCUAUUACAUGCAUUCUAGUCUCACAUUCAUAGUUACAGUCACGUAACAGUAUUACAGAAGAACAAAAAUGGCUGACAUAUGUCAGUGCUAGGGGGGAUUGGCCCGUGGGGUGUCAUCGUCAAAUUUGCUGAGUGCACAGGAAGGAGAGGUCAACAGGGACUGGGGCUUGGCAGCAGCCCCUCACCUUCCCAGAGUGUCCGGAUGUGGGCGGCAUCCCAUUACUCAUCCAUAUCAUUUUGCCAAGCCAGCACCAAUGUCCUUAGAUAUGUGACAUGAAGGCCAUUCAGCUAAAUGAAACCUGCAGGUGACUCAUGUUGUUCUGUUAUAGGCCAGUGCCAGUCACCAAGAUGCCUGUGAACAGUUAGAUUUUUUUCAAGGUGUUUCUUGGCGUUAGAGUGUUGCCAUUUAUUUGAAUAUUGAAAUAUAUUGCUGUUGCCUGAUGCUGAAAUGCAACAGGUUCAGUCUUCGCUUUACUUCAUCCUUGUGAUUUUGUCUGCUCUUCAUUUUAUUAGAUUUGCUCGCAGUCCUCCCUUCUUCCAGAUUUUACCAAUGACGUCUUUUAUUGUCUCUUGCUGUUGCCUUCGGCAUGAGAAAAGUUGUACAGUAUGCAGAAGAUUCACUGUCAGCAUGUUGCCAUGGUUAGUGUUCAAGACAGAAGCUUUAUGCAUGAAUGAAAUCAUGAAGAAUAACUGAGACUACAAACAAAGCGGGGUGGACACAAGGAAAUGCGCAAAAUCUGACCAUUACCUUAAAACAUUCAUUUUUUCCUCUGUGGCCUGGUGAAAACAUCCAGUAAACCCUUUCAGUAUCGCUUGGUAAUAAAUGCAUGUCAUGUUUCUACACACUUAUUAUAGAAUCUCGGGGAGCUGAAAUCAAAUACAUUUUUUUGUUGUUGUAUUGUGGAAUGUAAAUUAUUUCUUUAAGUUUAGUGUUGGUAGU